AUGUCUUCACCCUUAAGAGGAGAAGAUGACUGUAUCACAGUUUGCAGCUUGCAAGUUAAAUUAUACUGCUCACCGGUGACUAAGGAAUUGCUGUUGACUAGCUGGAAAUACAAGUUUUGGGAGAAUCACAUUGUUGCAUUGGAAGUUGAAACUCCAACUCAGAUUUCUUUAGUAGAUGAAACAUCUGGUGAGAGAGAAGAUAUAGAGGUGACACUUUUACCAGCUGGUCACUGUCCAGGAUCAGUCAUGUUUUUGUUUGAAGGUGGAAAUGGCACUGUGCUGUACACUGGGGAUUUCAGGCUUGCAAAAGGAGAAGCAGCCAGAAUGGAGCUUUUGCAUUCAGGUACCAGAGUAAAAGACAUCCAGAGUGUGUAUUUGGACACCACUUUCUGUGAUCCCAAAUUUUAUCAUAUACCAAGCCGGGAGGAAUGUUUAAAUGGGAUCUUAGAGUUAGUGCGAAGCUGGACCUCACUGUCUCGCUAUCAUGUUGUGUGGCUGAAUUGCAAAGCUGCUUAUGGAUAUGAAUAUUUAUUCAUAAACCUCAGUGAAGAACUUGGAAUCAAGGUGCACGUGAACAAACUUGAUAUGUUCAGAAACGUGCCAGACAUCCUCUACCAUGUUACUACAGAUCGACGCACUCAGAUUCAUGCCUGUCGACAUCCUCGGGAUGAUGACUGCUUUCGAGGGAACAGGUUGCCCUGUGGGAUGACUUGCCAAAAUGGAACUCCCUUGCACAUAAUUAGCAUCAAACCCUCCACUAUGUGGUUUGGAGAAAGGAUCAAGAAAACCAAUGUAAUCGUGAGGACUGGGGAGAGUACAUACAGAGCUUGUUUCUCUUUCCACUCUUCAUACAGCGAGAUUAAGGAUUUCCUGAGCUAUAUCCGUCCUGUGAAUGUGUAUCCCAAUGUACUGCCAGUGGGUGGGACAGAAGACAAAGUUCUGGAAAUAUUAAAGCCAUUGUGCAGGUCGUACAGCAGAAACACAGAACCCAGCUACAAGCCCUUAGGAACACUGAAGAGAGUCCACAAGAGAGACUUAUCUGACACAGAUGAAGAUGAUCUCUUUGAUACAGAAUUAACUCCUGCAAGGCCCAAGAUUCCAAAACAGCAGAGAGAAGACAGCAGACACCCCAGCACAGGACAAUCUGAAAAUGCUGAAGGAAACAUUAAUAAGAGCACAGAAAGUUACAAAGCAACCACAACUUACACCUCCCUCAAGGUAGACUUUGUGGAUUGUGAGGAAUCAAAUGAUGAUGAUGACGAAGAUGACGAAGAAGAAUCUGAAAAAAUUAUUGUUCCAGUUCUUUCCCAUGAGCCAGAUGCCACUUCCACAUCAGAUGUCAAUGGACUAACUAGUGGCCAACAGGAGUUUAAUGCUGAUGUCCCUCGCUGGGAUGCAUUUUUUAAGUGUAACAAACUAGAAGAAAGCUCUGAAAAUGAGGACUACUUCCCAUCUUCAGCAGAUGCUGGUGGGUCCCAGUCACUCUUCAGUGAUUCGGAUGGAGUAAGUGACUCAACACACAUCUCCUCCCAAAAUUCUUCUCAGUCGACACACAUAUCGGAGCAGGGGAGCCAGGGCUGGGACAGCCAAAUUGACACAGUGCUCAUCACCUCCCAAGAGAGAAACGCGUUGGACUUCAGCUGCUUCGGCAAAGGUGGGAGCAGAACAGUUGUUUCUGUAUUGCAGGAGAUGGCCAAAGACAGUCCAGCUGACAACAGCAGGUCAAAGCCACUGGGUCAGAACAGAUCUUGUGCCUGUGACGUCGCCUGUGACUUGAAAAGCAAAGGCUGUGAGAAAGAUGCAGAAGCUGGCACAGCUUACAUUCAAGAUGUGCUGGUAGAAAUCAGUGACAGCUCCAGAACUCCUGAUCUAGAACUGAGGAGGGACUCUGAGAGCUCCUCCGACUUUGAAAUUCCCUUGACUCCUGGUGCUGAAGUGCCUCAGCCAGAUAAACUGCACUGUUUGUAUAAGAAGCUAGCAGCAGGUGAAAACAUAAUGAGAAAAAAAGUUUCCUGA